AUGUCUUCACAAGCACCUAACGGCGCCGACAUUGUACCGCUGCUAGACCCUGAUCACGACCCUGGGAAUUCUGAACAUCAGACUGCGACAGCGAAUAUGGGCGACAAGAUGAAAGCGGUGCAUUAUGAAGGGCCAUUCAAGGUUAGCGUUAGGGAGGUGGAGACGCCGCGGAUCCAGCAUCCGGAUGAUGUGAUUGUGAAAGUCACAACUGCCGCGAUAUGCGGCUCAGACUUGCACAUGUAUCAAGGAAGGACAGCUGCAGAAGCUGGUCUAGUCUUUGGACAUGAAAACAUGGGUAUCGUCCUCGAAACUGGGUCGGGUGUCACUAUCCUGGAGAAAGGCGAUCGCAUUGUACUACCAUUCAAUGUAGCGGAUGGUCGAUGCCGUAAUUGCGAGGAGGGGCGAACAGCAUUCUGCACGGGGGUCAAUCCAGGAUUUGCGGGUGGUGCAUAUGGCUACGUUGCCAUGGGGCCAUACCAGGGCGGUCAAGCACAGUAUCUGCGGGUCCCAUUCGCCGACUUCAAUGCCCUGAAGCUACCCAAAGGCACAGAGCAUGAAGCCGAUUUUGCGCUGUUAGCCGACAUUUUCCCAACGGGCUGGCACGGCCUGAACUUGUCUGGCUUUCAAUCAGGGGAGACAGUUGCAGUCUUUGGAGCGGGCCCCGUUGGUCUAAUGUCAGCAUACAGUGGCAUUCUCCGAGGUGCUAGUAAAGUAUUCGUCGUAGAUACGGUGCCGGAACGACUGGAGCAGGCGGAGAAGAUUGGUUGUAUUCCUAUUGAUUUCAAGAGAAGCGACCCUGUUGAGCAGAUCAUCAAGAUCAACGGCGGCAUGGUCGAUCGUGCUGUAGAUGCAGUUGGCUACCAAGCAGUUGACGCCUCUGGAAGCAAAGAAAAGCCGAAUAUCGUCCUAGAUCAGCUUAUUAUGGUAACAAGACCUACGGGCGGUCUCGGUAUCCCUGGGCUCUAUGUGCCUGCAGAUCCAGGAGCACCUGAUGAACAAAGCAAGAAGGGACAAAUUUUGAUAUCUUUUGGCAAGCUUUUCGAAAAGGGACUGUCAUUGGGCACUGGCCAAUGCAAUGUGAAAGCGUACAACAGGUACUUGAGGGAUCUCAUAGUAUCAGGAAAGGCCAAGCCAAGCUUCGUGGUUUCGCACGAGAUCGAUAUCGAGGACGCAUCAGUCGCGUACGAGAAGUUCGACAAGCGUAUAGAAGGAUACACCAAGGUCCUGAUACACCCAAAUGGACCGCUGGACAAGUUUACGACUAGCUAG